GCAUCGCUGCGACGCCGCCCCGCCCCGGCGCUCGCCAUCCGCCGGCUACCCCGCCCCAGCCGCCCAUCGCCCGCCGCGGCGCCGCCCAGCGGCAGCUUCUUUCUCCCGCCUGCGUCAGUGCCCUGCGUUCAGAUGAAGAAGAAGAAUGGGACUGGUGGUGGCAAUAGGAUUCUGGCUUUGUGGGAAAAAGCUUCAAAAGCAAAGAAGAUUGAUGAAACUUCUACACCGAAUCAGAGUGCAGCUGCAUCGGGUACUUGUACCUCUCAUGUUCAGCUUGAGAGCAAUUUGCAAUUGGCGUUAGUGCAAGCACCGGAUGCGGAAUGUGAACCGGAGAGCAGAGAAGCAACCCCAACCCCAAUUGAUAAAGAUGCUGAAACAAGUGAUGCAGAUGAUGAACCAAUGGAAGCAGAUUUGGAGGCACUCGAACAUGAUCCUGGGAAGCGGAUUCCCAUCUCAAUGUAUGCUGUCAAUGACCAAGAUAGAGUAAGAAGAAGAUAUAUUGAGAUGAAGCCAUGUCAACCAAAGAAUCAUAACUUUGAGUAUACAAAUAAAAGUGGAGUUGACCGUCGCUUUUGUCGUGCUUGGUUUAAAGAAUUUCCAUGGAUUGAGUAUAGUGUGACAAAAAAAAGUGCUUUCUGCUUUGUUUGCUAUCUGUUCAAGGAUAAGACAAAAUAUCCCGGUGGAGAUGCAUUUGUGAAGAAUGGAUUUAGGAACUGGAACAUGUAAUCGAGAUUGAAGAAACAUGAAGGUGAGGUUAGUAGUGCUCAUGCUGAAGCUCAAGAGAAGUAUGAUAUGUUCACUACACCACAAGCAUCAUUUAGGGAGUCUUUUGCUUCAAACACCUCACAAUAUAAGGCUUUGUAUAAGCAGCGUUUGACAUGGACACUCAAAUGUUUGAGAUUUCUAUUGCACCAAGGCUUGGCAUUUAGAGGACAUGAUGAAAGUGAAAACUCACUAAAUAAAGGAAAUUUUCUUGAGCUUUUAAAUUGGCUAGCUGGAAAUUUUGAAGAGGUUGAUAGGGUUGUUCUCAAAAAUGCUCCACAGAACUGCAAGAUGACUCACCAUGAUAUACAACAUGAGUUAAUAAAAUGUUGUGCACAGGAGACUACAAAAUUAGUCAUUGAAGAACUUGAUGGUAGCCACUUUGCAAUACUUGCAGAUGAGUCUAGUGAUGUGUAUCAGAAUGAACAGUUGGCAAUUUGCUUGCGUUAUGUUGAUAAGAAAGGAAGGGUUGUUGUAAGAUUUCUUGGUGUUGCUCAUGUUCAAGAUACUACCUCUUUGACACUUAAAGCUGCAAUUGAGCAAAUGCUUAUGAAGUACAAUUUGACCUUUGCAAUGGUUCGUGGGCAAGGAUAUGAUGGAGCUAGCAACAUGAAAGGUAAUGCUAAUGGCCUAAAAAAACUGAUUAUGGAUGAGUCUCCUUCUGCCUACUAUGUUCAUUGUUUUGCCCAUCAACUACAGUUAACUCUUGUUGCUGUUGCUAAAGAGAGUGGUGAUUGUACUUGGUUCUUUCAACAACUUGCACACUUGUUAAAUGCUCUUGGCAUGUCUUGUAAAAAGAUGAGAAUGCUUCGUAUAGCUCAGGCUGAGGAACUCAUUGAUGCAUUGGAAUUGGAAGAAGUAGAAAUGGGGAGUGGGCUGAAUCAGGAAAUGGGUUUGGGAAGGCCAUGUGAUACACGUUGGGGCUCUCACUUCAAAACCGUGAACCAUGUCAUCUGUAUGUAUGGUGCAAUACGACGAGUCCUCAUCAAGAUUGGAAAAGAGUACCAUGGUGCGGAGGCGCAAGCGGCUCUAACCAUAUUGACACCAUUUCGAUCAUUUGAGUUUGUUUUCAUGGCACACUUGAUGCAAGAAAUAUUUGGAUACACAGAUGAGUUGAGUAGAGCUUUGCAAAAGCAAGACCAAGAUAUUGUUCAUGCUAUUGAGCUUGUUGAUAUCACAAUGUAUCACUUGGAGGGUUUGAGGACUGAUCCUGGAUGGGAUGAUUUUCUCAAAAAGGUCACAUCUUUUUGUACAAAGCAUAAGAUCAAAAUUGUUGAUAUGGAGGGUCCUUACUUUCCCGCUGGCCGGCCUAGAAGGGGUUUCUUUAAUGGUGCAACGAAUUACCAUCGCUUCAAAGUUGAUAUGUACGUGAGUGUCAUUGAUAGUCAAAUUAGUGAGUUGAAUGGCAGAUUUGAUGAGGUAAACACAGAUCUACUUUCUUGCAUGGCAGCAUUUUGUCCACUUCGUCUAUUUGCUGCUUAUGAUCAAGAGAAAUUGGUUAGGCUUGCUACAAAGUUUUAUGCUAAUGAUUUCACAAGUGAUGAACUGGCAAGACUUCCAUGGCAACUAAACAUGUAUGUUACUCAUGUGCGUAGAGAUGAAAGGUUUCAAAACUUGAAGAAUCUGUGUGAGCUUUCAGUUAUGCUUGUUGAGACAAACAAGCAUGAACAAUACUAUAUUGUUUACAAGCUUCUUAAAUUGGUAUUAAUUCUGCCAGUAGCUACUGCUAGUGUUGAAAGGGUGUUCUCUUCAAUGAACUAUGUGAAGAAUAAGCUAAGGAGCAAAAUGGGUGAUGAUUACUUGAAUAAUUGUUUGGUUACAUUUGUUGAGAGAGAAUUCUUCAAUCAAGUAAAGGAUGAGGAUGUCAUCAAUCUCUUCCAAAAAGGCGAUCGCAAAGUUAUAUUGUAAGAUGGGAUAUCAUCAAUCUGUCAAUCAAGAGGUACUGGUGUCUUUAUGUUUAUGUAUAAUUAGUAUGGUUUGAUGCAUUAAAAAUUACUAUUGUUGUACUGGUGUCUUUAUAAUAC